AUAAUUGAAGUUGGGACUCAGAGGCUGGUGUCUAUUGGGAGGUCGUAUUGGCAGUUCUCAAUGGAAUAUGUUCUAUUUCUAUUGAAAAUUUCCAGUCCUUUGGGGGCAACCCUUCAAUCUUUAUAUGCUUGGAAGCCAACCUGGAGAAGGUAUCGUUGUUUAAUGGGACAUUAUUUUAAUGCCCCUGCUACUUUGACACAUGAGCAACUUGAACAAAUUGCAUUUUUGGAUUAGACUGUAGUGUUUAUCGUAACUUGUAAAUACCUGUGAUCUAUAACUGCACCUAGUUUAAAAUAGCAAAGUUGCCAACUUAACUCAUUUUUUCCGUGUCUGUUACCCUUUACUAUAUCUUGUUUUCUAAUUUUCUUGUUCUUUCUACCCCAUCUCUGGUUUUGUUCUAAUGAAUGUGUUACAUCUGCUCCAUGGUCAAUAUUUUUGGAGGGCUUGUUUCUGGAGAUGUUUGGUGCUUCAUGACGGGAGAGUUCUUACAGAAACUGUAUUCCUUCGCUUGCUUCGCUUUGGUAACAAGGGAGUUGAAACUUUCUUUGACGUAUGGUGCGAAUUAUUUCGUGGGCUAGACUUAUUUAACAACAUACUCGUACUUCAUUCGUUGUGAAGUGUCCCAUCUGGUUUUGGCAAGCAAACCAAAGAAUGAUGACAUACAAAGGGCAACAGGCAUAUGAUGUUCUUGCACCAUUUCUUAUUAUGGGUUUCUAUUGUAAACAUGGUUAAUUUUGAAGAUGUCUACAAUGGCGAUGGCAGUCACAACUACUCCAUUUCGAGGUAUUCUCUGCAAUCACUCACUACAAUUACCUCCUAAACUGUCCUUUUCUUCUCACCCCUUUCCUCUCCUUCAUCGUCACCAACCCAAAUCCUUUCAAUUUUCCCCUAAAUUUCCACCCACUCCCAUAACUCCAUUUUCUGCAACUCGAAGCUCAUUGAAUAGUUCAAAAAGGAAUUCCCAUUUAGCUGUUGUUGAUGAUGAAGAUACAACUGAAAGGAAGAAAUUAAUACAAUCAGUGUUGUGGGUUAUGGAAGGCGUCUACAUUGUCUGGCUCUUUUUGCUUCCGUAUGCUCCUGGUGAUCCUGUAUGGGCUAUUAGUUCUGACACUAUCAAGUCUCUUGUGGGCCUUUCUCUGAAUUUCUUCUUUAUUUUACCAAUAGCGAAUUAUGUUGGUAUACAUGCUAUGGAAGCUCCUGUUCUUCACCCGACGUCAGAAGGACUCUUCAACUUUGUUGUGGGAUGGACAUUCAUGUUUGCUCCUCUGCUAUACACUGAUUUCAAAAAUAACAGAUACAAGGGUUCUCUAGAUGUAUUAUGGGGCCUCCAGAUGUUCCUGACAAACACAUUCUUGAUACCUUACAUGGCAAUCAGAUUAAACAAAGCUGAUGAAAGUACCUCUCCAAAAAAGCCCUCUCAGCUGGGUACUGUGAUGAUCAAAGGUGCGCCUGUAGUUGGUUUGAUUGGUGGUAUCGUGUGCGCAAUAUCACUUCUUUGGUCUCUAUAUGGAAGACUAGAUGGAGAUUUUGGAAACGUAACUGACAGGUGGAAUUUCUUGUUGGAAUACCUGGGAUCUGAAAGACUCGCUUAUGCGUUUAUCUGGGACAUUGUUCUUUAUAUGAUUUUCCAGCCUUGGUUAAUCGGUGAAAAUCUUGCAAACAUCGCGGAAAACAAAGUUGAGCUUGUGAAAUACAUCAGAUACAUACCGGUUGUUGGCUUGCUUGCUUAUCUUCUUUGUCUAAAAAGAGAAGUCUUAGAGCAGCUUGAAUGAGUGAUUUUGUAAGUAUUUUUCAUAAAUGAGGCUUUAAAUACUUUAAUUUCCCUUACAUAUUGUUAUAAAAUGUGGAUUUUUCUCAAGCCGAGGGGAUUCUUUGGCCGCACUCUUCUUUAUGAAUAUGAGUUGCUGCCUUCCUUCCCUCUCCAAAUCGUGAUUAUAAUUUCCUAUGAGCGGGAUACAUUGGGUAUGAUGAUGACGACAUAUUGUUAUAAAAUCUGCAAAAAAGACGGUGGUUGGAGUUUUUGAUAUAGUUCAAAUCUUUUUGGUCAUUCCAACUUCUGUUGUUGCUAUUGCAUCUGAUGGCAAAUGGAGAUUAGUGAUCGCAAUUCACUACCAAAAACACAGCGAAAAUUGAUGUAAACGCUUAUAUGAGUAUCAGGACCAUGCCAACGGUAUAUGCAUUAAUGAGUAUGACCGGUGAAAGCUAUUUAACGUUAUAGAAAUAAUAGAAUCAUGUUUUGGAGUAGAAGUGGAAGACGGCCAAAAUUUGUGUGAUGAUCGAAAACCAACAGUUCUGUUUGGUGAGGUCGGAUUAGUUGAGUAGUUGAUCUACUUGUUAUAAUUACAAUUUGCAAUAUAGAAGGAUUGGUUGAUCAAAAUGUAUGAAUUCUCUAUUAUUAUGAACUUUUAGGAACCAUCUCAGAUCUCACUAGUCACUAGUUCUUGGAGAAAAAGAUUAGCAAAUACUCACAAAUUUAAUAUGGAUCAAUUACAAACCAUGAAUUGCCUUACAACUCAUUUUAGAGUUCCAGUAAUCGUCUCUUUUGCUUUGUUGUAAACAUUUAUUAAUUGGUUGUUGGUCGUUGGUUGUUGACUGUUGACUGUUGGCUAGUUAAGUUGGCUUGAUUGUAGUCACAUUGAUUUUUUUUAAUAGGUAUUCAUUAUCAUGAGACUUCUUUGGAACUUUUGGGAAAGUUGAAAGUUCUAAGUCCAUCGUUUUUGUCGAUUAGGAGAGGAUUAUGGUCCUUUACUUUGUAAAAUGGGUCAUCACUGCUUCUACACACUAUGGCUGCAACAGCAAACAAAAAGUAACGAUUCGUCUUGUAUGAGACCGUCACACGGGAAGAUGAUCUCAAAACAAGAAAUGCAUAAACUAAAAAGUUUUUAUUACUAGACUAUUUAACUCAAGUAUGAGGCAUACUUCCCGAUAAAACUGUCGCAUACAAGAAUUUUUGAAAAAGAGACUAAUUUAGGAGAUAUACCUCUAUAUUAAAUAACUAAUUUCUAAUUUUGAUUUAUAGUAGAGCGAUUUAUAAUGAAAGUAAUUUAUCUUUAGAGAUAAACAAUUGAGUAUUGUAGGGCUAGCAAAAGAGACUUGUACAUAUUUUUAUUGAUUUGGAAAAACAUGUGACAAGGUACAAAAUUAUAUUG